ACACACAAAUUGAAUAAGAAAAAUAAAACAAUGGCUAUGAAAGCAAUGAACAUCCUGCAAUUUCUCUUGCUUAUACUCCAACUAAGUCUUCAAGCCACACAUGGCAUUGGCAGCUAUGGUGGUGAAUGGCAAACUGCCCAUGCAACAUUUUAUGGUGGCAGUGAUGCUUCUGGCACAAUGGGAGGGGCAUGUGGUUAUGGAAACUUGUACAGCCAAGGGUACGGAACUAGCACAGCUGCUCUAAGCACUGCUCUGUUCAACAAUGGUUUGAGCUGCGGGGCAUGUUAUCAAUUAAGAUGCAACCAUGAGAGUGACCCCAAAUGGUGCCUCCCUGGUGGCAUCACCAUCACAGCCACCAACUUCUGUCCUCCUAAUAACGCUUUGUCCAAUGACAAUGGUGGGUGGUGCAAUCCUCCUCUUCAACACUUCGAUUUGGCUGAGCCUGCUUUCUUGCACAUUGCAGCCUAUCGUGCUGGAAUUGUCCCCGUACUCUUCAAAAGGGUUCCAUGUGUGAAGAAAGGAGGCAUAAGGUUCACCAUGAAUGGUCACUCAUACUUCAACUUGGUGUUGAUAACAAACGUUGGGAGUGCAGGGGAUGUGAGAGCAGUAUCAAUCAAGGGGUCUAAAACAGGGUGGCUGCCAAUGUCAAGAAACUGGGGCCAAAAUUGGCAGAGCAACUCCUACCUCAAUGGCCAGAGCCUCUCCUUUAAAGUCACCGCUAGCGAUGGACUCACACUCACCAGCUACAAUGUCGUGCCUGCUGGUUGGAAAUUUGGACAGACCUUUCAAGGUGGUCAAUUUUAGAUAAUCUGUGGACAAGAAUGACUUAUACAUAGACUUGUGUCAUAAAUUAUGCAUAAAACUGCUUUGCAGUUUGCGUCUUUGA